CACGAAACAUAACUCAUGAUCAAAGGGUCGUACAGUCGUUGACAGUCGGCUUUUUCUCUGUAGUCACGUCCUUCAGUAUGGGUGGCCCCCUAACUGAACGUCCGCGAAUUUACCGCAGUGCGAGUGGAACACGACGAACACGCACUGCAUGAUCAUUGCGCCGCCGGGUGAUACGCUGGCACAUCGCUAUGAUAGAAGCCAUCGGCGACGUACUCAGUGACACACAGGCCGCUGCAUCGGACUCAAAAAUGAUUCGCUGGCGAAUGUUUCCGAUGUCCCACGCGGAGCUCAGUACCGCGUUAUCGGUACUGGCAAAGCCGAGUGCUAAAGCCUUACGCAGCAAUGUACAAUAGCUCGUGGGCACCGAAUGAAACGGCUCAUGAGCUUUUCGAGGAGGAAGCGUGGCUCCAAGGCGCACUGCUCAGUAAUAUUGCGUUUGGAGUCGAGCUCACUCUAUUCGUUAUGUGCUUUCACCUCCUUCUCAAGCAGAUGACACCCCAUAAUGCGAGACGACACAUAAGCCUGCUGGUCUAUAUUUCCGUAAUCUUCUCUCUCGGCACACUCUUCGUUGGCGGAAACACCAAAUUUACUCAACAAGCGUUCGUCGAGUAUCGGAACAUCCCCGGAGGACCCUCCGCGUUCGAAGAGGUUUUGUACAGUGAUCCAGUAGAUCAGGUUGCAAAUAUCACAUGGUGUGUGAGCAACUGGCUCUUGGACACGUUCCUGGUAUGGAGGUUCGUCAUUAUCUACAAGGAUGUGAGCAGACACUGGAUAUUGCUCCUCGUGGCACUGCCUUGCCUGAUGUUGCUCGCCUCGAUAGGCACAGGACUCGUUGUCAUAACCAAGAUAUCGUCCUCCUCACUGUUCGCGGUCGUCAAUAUCAGUAUUGCAUACUACGUUAUGUCGAUCUCGCUCAACAUCCUCGUCACAAUCCUCAUCGCAAGUCGACUCCUUGUUUGGCGCUACCGGAUGAAGAGACACAUGGGUUCACAUCAUACAGCAAUGUACACCAACGUCAUCGCCAUUGUCAUUGAAUCCGCCGCACUCUACUCCAUCUUCGCUAUCCUGUUCAUAAUCUCCUUCGGCGUCGGUAGCCCGGUUGGAGAUUUGUUUCUACAGGUAGUCAAUCAGAUUCAGACCGUUUCUUCGUUUCUGAUCAUAUAUCGGGUCGCGACUGGGAGAGCGUGGUCGGAUGACACAAGCACAAGUAUCCCGACAUGCUCUACGUCUCCUAAUGACGUUCCCCUCUCGCCGGUCAGAUUCCGCGUAAAUCCGUCUUCAACAGUAGUGGAAUCAAUUACGACAAAGGAUGCUCAUGGCGGCCAAGGAGGUGUAACGGAACAUACGACCUGCGAUGAUCAUGUAUAGCCUUCACGACGCUACAGGACGAGACUUCAUGAUUAUGGUUAGACCUCGAAUUUGACAUGGUCAGACAGAACUUCGAUCGUGGCCCCCGACACCAAACAGACGUAUCCUUCGCGUAUUCUGUGUGCCACCGCCUGUUGCUUCGGUCGGCCGUGUGUCGGAAUUCUUCAUCGGGUAUGAUCAUUGAUGCCCACUCACGAUAUGAUUGAUUCGAUAGUAGAUAAG